AUGGAAUUGAUGAGUCAAACUUUGACCUCGGCCGUGCUGCUCCCACCUGUUGCUCUCGGAGAGAAGAGGAUGAGCAAGAGGGAGAGAAACCGGCUGAAAUGCCUGAGGAGGAGGCAGAAGAGGAGAGAGAGGUGGAGGCAGAGUCAAGUGCACGACAGCAGACAGACGGUGAACCCUUCGAGCAGCAGCUGUAGCGAAGACGAGGAGGAAGCCAGGGUCGGAGAAAAAGACGGCUACAUCUGUGCCGUGUGUCUGGACGUCUACUACAGCCCGUACAUGUGCCACCCUUGCAGUCACAUCUUCUGUGAGCCCUGUCUCAGGACGCUGGCCAAGAACAGCCCGUCCAACACGCCCUGUCCUCUGUGCAGAACCAUCAUCACGCACGUCUUUUUCCAGAAGGAGUUGAACCAAACAACCAGAACUUUCUUCCCAAAGGAGUAUUUGUCCAGAAAACUCAAUUUCCAGAAGGCAAGCUGCGCAAAAUGGCCGCUUCCCAGUUGCAGGAAGCUCUUUCGGAUUUUGGGAGGUUUCCAGCAGCAGUCCAGCCCGGUCACACGGCGACAGUACCCCCGGGGAGGUGGCUACCGUCUGGAUGCUCUGGACCUCAGAAACAACUCCCGUGGAUGGCACUUGGACAUGGACAUGGUUGUCAUCUACAUCCACUCGGUGAACUGGGUCAUCGGUUUCUUUAUAUUCUGCUUCCUCUGCUACCUUUUUUUCCCUUCUUUCUGAAAGCUCGGUAAUGAGAAAAUGAUAGAGGAGCAGGGCGGAGUGAGAAUAAUGAUGAAUAAAUAAGAAGGCGGACUGAAGAGGGGACAUCAGUGGAGAGAGAAAAAUGAAUUUCCAACAGGUAUAGGAAUGAAUCCACUCUAACAACUUCCUCAAGUCACAUAAAGUUGACUUGACUGCUAAUAAAAAUUUGAAGCAAUAAAAUAAAAUCUCUAAAUGACAACUUCACUGAAGAAUAAUUAAGGAACAAUAUGGAGUAGUCAAAAGGCAGAAUCUACUUGCAGAAA